AUGGAGCAGGGGGCCGAGGGCCUGAACCAGUGGCGUGUGGCUUCCCACCAGUUCACAGAGGAUGCUGAGAAGUCAAUGUCCAUCUUGAACAUGUCUUCAUCUCCCGGAAGCAGUGGAAUGCACACCUCUUGGAACCAUAGUCCAUUAGGCAUUCAACACAUCCCUCAGUGCACAGAGCUGCAGAGGAUCCCCUUGGCUUCUGCUGAGGCACCCAGGCAGAAUGCCAGUGAAAUGGGGCCACAGUUCAGUAUGGCACUGCCUGACCACCAUGUGAGCUACUGCCCCCAACUGACUUUCACCCCUUCCCAGAUGACUUUCACUCAAGGAAUGUCUCCUUCACAGCCAGGAAUGAUGAUUUUCGAGGAACCCCAGAUGAUGCCCCUAGGAGAGCCCAAUAUUCCAGGGAUGGCCAUGACCUUUGGGAAUCUAAGGAUGCCCCUUAAUGGGCCACCAGCCUCACCUCCCAGUGGAAUCCCAAUGAUGUCCCACAUCAGAAUGCGAACAAUGUCUUAUCCUGGCCUCCCAACAGUAGCUUCUAACAGAGACCCUUUACCACCUAAAGCAUUAUUAAAUCCAACCGUGCCUUCCACUGAGGCCCAAGCACUGCUCCCUCCUGUGGCUCAGAUGUUGCCUCCUAGAGCGCCCCACAACUUUGGGAUGUCCCCAGGUGGAUCUCCAGUAUUGCUGGCUUUUAAAUCCCAGGGCUCUUUUGUGAACCAGCCAGUCUCCCAAGAAGACCCCUUCCUACCUAGGCAGCCCAUACCUGCUCCACAAAGAGCAGAGCAGCAGUACUCCAGGACCCAGGAAAAGGCACCUAGGCAGAGAUCCCCAGUUUCAAGGCCUUACCGCUGCGACUAUGAGAACUGUGAAAAAGCUUACACUAAGCGCUCCCACCUCGUGAGUCACCAGCGCAAACACACAGGUGAACGGCCCUAUAAAUGCACCUGGGAAGCCUGUACUUGGUCCUUCUUCCGUUCUGACGAACUUGGAAGACAUACUCGGAUACACACCAAACAUCGACCACAUAAAUGUGACCAGUGCGGCCGACAGUUCAUGAGAUCUGACCAUCUCAGGCAACACCAAAGGACUCAUAUGAGGACUCCAAGGUCUCCAGACCCACCGGCAGACAGUGGAUGUGUGGCUGGUCUUCCUCCUACUCCUGGUCUUUAG